AUGGCGCAUAAUAAGAUCCUGGACUGGGCUAUUGAGAAAUUUAUCAAGGACUCACAGAGUACUGACCUCGUCGGCAUCCCUCCCUUUGUGAAGCCUGAACCAUUAUCAUCAAACCCUCUAGCACCUGUUAAGAGCGAGAGCACUGCAUUAAGCUCACUGUGGGCAUCUGAGAUGCAGCUAACUCGGUUUCGUGCAACUUCGGAGCAGGUUGCGGACGAUUUUCUCAAAGAGCAUGAUAUCAAGCUGCGACAGUAA